CAUGACAUCCACUUCCACCGCUGUUAUUCUAAUUCUACGCAACUGAGCCAAAGCACAAACACUGUCUUGCGUAACAGUGGUUGUGAAUUCGUCGCAACGCAGCUGUCGCGUCAGAGAGAGGGCGCCUCCACGACGCCUUCCUUCGGCCUUGUCGUGUUUUCAGUCCUUUUAAUUUAAUGCUGGAAGCCCAAAAUGGAUUUUGGUGAUUUAUUUGACGAGCGGACGUUCACCUUUUCUGACUUCCAGGAGUUUACGUUUCUUCCUGGACAUGAGCAGUGGUCAGAGAGAGUGAGGAAACGACUGUAUUAUGGUCUUGAUUCUGACAGCCCGUUGGAUGCUCUAUCAUGUCCCAUGACAGAUAUUGCUGUGGAACUGCUCCAGAAAUCUGCCCCAAGUCCCAUAAGGAAACUCCACAAGAAGUACGCUGCACACGUGGCCAGGGAAGCAUGUAUAUCUCCCUGCGCUAUGAUGUUGGCCUUGAUAUACAUUGAAAGACUGCGACACAGAAACCCUGAAUACCUACAACAGAUCUCAUCCUCAGACCUCUUUUUGAUAUCCAUGAUGGUUGCCAGUAAAUAUUUGUAUGAUGAAGGAGAAGAGGAGGAGGUUUUCAAUGAUGAAUGGGGCACUGCGGCCAAGCUGGAUAUUCAGACUGUCAACACUUUGGAGAUUAACUUCCUCAAUGCGAUCGACUGGAACCUCUUCACUGAGCCCAGCGACUUCUUUAAAGUCCUCAGUCAGGUGGAAAGCAGCAUUGCGGAGCGACAAGGUAUGAAACGAGGUUGGUUCACCUACACAGAUCUCUGUGUCCUGAUGGAGCAAACCAAUUGGAGGGAAGCACUAUCAGUUAUCUACCAGCACUUUACCAAGGUUACCUGUAUGUUGGGUCUCCUGUACUUGACUAGCGUAGCCGGUUUCAUUGCUUCUUCUGCUGUCAUCCACAAGCUCAGCUGUAUUCCCAAUACCAGCCACACUUACCUGGACCCGAUGAAGCACACAUCCACUCAUAAACCAGCACUUCUCCCUGAGCUCUUGCCAGACACGCAGCACCCAACAUCAAACCUCCAUUGCUGCAGCCUGACCAACAAUAACUUGAAGCCACUGCCGAGUGUUGUUCUGUCAGAACAGCAGAGUUCUACCUCUUCAUCGUGUCAGAACAUGGUGCUUUGUUUCUGGGGCUCCAUCAUCUCCACUCUUUCCUACUCAAACUCCUCGUUGGAUAUUCAGCCACAAGACUGUUUGGUAUCAGAAGUGAUCUCUCACUGUCACACCGGUGGUUUCCCCCACUGCGCAAUAGCUCGCAAUGGCUCGGCGCUUCUUACUUCUCCAUGGUAUGCUCGUCUCACAGCACUUUUAGCUCCAUUUAGCGAAGACUUGAUAUUUCCGGACCCCCAUCUUAGCUCCAUGCCACCAUUUCAAAGACACUCAUGUUGCCAAGAGACGACUUUGCCAUUUGGGAAAUCACCAUCUCUUCUGAUGCCUGGCUAGAUGAGUAAAAUAAAACCAGCAAAGUUUACAUACACA